UAAGCCGCAAAAAAAACGGGAAAUAUCGUAUUAUCAACUUGGACUAAAUCUGUUGAACUGCAACAUAGUCCCAGGACAAUGGACAAACUGGGAUUAGGCUGCCCCUUCUCCUUCCUGGUCGGAAAACCGCAGAGUAUGAGUGGGGGACCCGGUUUCCUGGAUCUCAACUACGACUGCUACCUUCAGAUAUUUUCAUAUCUGAAUGUGCUGGAGGAUCAGCUAAAUCUAGGCCGUGCCCAUCCACUAUUCCAGGUUGUACUGAAGGACAUUUUGCGAACGCGCUACAAAAAAAUCAAUGUGCGCCUUCUGAAAACUAUUCCGGACUGGAAGUUCCUGCUUCAGCUGUGCGGUUCCGAAGUGUCCAGAUGCGAAGUGCCCCAUGGUAGCUGGGAUGAGCCCUUUACCUACCCCUUCCUGGUGCUCCUGGGACAGCACUGCCCCAAUCUGCGACAGGCAGUCAUCAUAUUUAUGCACGCCGUCACAGAGUCGCCGCCGAAGAGUGGCGACAGGGGCUACAUCAUGCAGCUUCUCCUGCAGCUACCCAGUCUAACCAAUCUCACUCUGAUCGAUGCCAGAUCUGCACAGCUAGAUCAAUUGCGGCACUUCAGUAAACUGGAGGCCUUGGACUUGGAUGGAAUCGACCCAAACCUCGGCAACGCCUCCUUCCAGCAAAUGUUUGAAAAUAUGACUUGUCUGAAGCGACUGCUUCUUAAUUUCGGACUGAAUCGCAGGAGAUCUCACCAGGUCCCGCUGUUGGCAGAUAAGUUCCCCAACUUAGAUCACCUUACUCUCGAAAACUUUGAUGUGAACUUCCCGGAGUUGGGUGAAUUUAAAGGCCUCCGAUCCCUACGCCUAAUCUCACGUUGGACAGCGGAAGUGGACAACGACUUUUAUAGGUCGGUGUCCAAAAGCGCUAGUAACCUCCAAAAGCUACAGCUCAUAUCCGUCCGCGUUAGAGGUGACCAAGUGCAUCACAUUCUGGCGAUUAGCCAACUCAACGCUCUGGACUGUGAUAACUGGCCAGCUCAAUCGGUGUCCCAGUUGGGCCAGUUGAAAGACCUCGAGUGCCUGGCCCUGGAUUGCAUUGACUUACCUGCAAACCCAAUUCGCCAACUUAUGUUGUUGGUAAAAAAUUGCUAUAAGCUAAAUCAUCUGAGAUUGGGAACACGUUGGAAGAUGCCCACCGAGGAUGUAAAUCUAUUUUUGGAAAAAGUGGCGGGUGCACGAGCGGAUCGGAAAGAUAAGCUUUUGCUAACGCUCGACUUCAUUAAGACACCGGAUACUCGGAAAAAGUUCACAAAUAUUUUCAGGGAUCAUAAACACUUGCAAGUGAGUUUUGAUGGAGCCACAUGUCAUAACUGUCUCCGGGAUACCCUCUCUAAGUGCGAUACCAUCUUUGACUAGUGUUACUUCAGCUUAAGACUCACCUCACAGUGCGACUUCUCGAUGGCGACAGUCAGCCUAAGAGUCCAAUCGUUGUAGGAGAUUCCCUUCCCCUCGAACUCAUCUUCUUUUAUUUUGAAAUCAUAAACAUCUUGAUCGGAACGAUUGGCCCAUCCUUGCCAGUCCAUGAUUAUUAAUGGCAUUGGGUGAACCGUUUCCAGACGAAAAUCAAACGCCGGAUGCCACAAAAUACAAGUGGCAUGCGAGUCCGCGAAGAAUUGC